AUGUUAGCACACGAAUUUUGUGAAACGGCGACGGGAUUUGAAAAUGGUCAUUGGACACAUUGGGGCAACGCUCAGCACAUUUCAAUGUUCCUUUUCUUCGGUUUUACCGGCGUCAUUGAUGUCCUCUACUUUUACAAAGUCGAUAUUCCACCGAAUCUCGACUAUGCUUCAGCUUUUCUUGCGUUUGGCAUCGAAGGAUUCUUAUUCGGAAAUCAUCUUCAUGGCAGGUCACACAUGGACGUCCACAUGUAUUUGUUUUACGUCAUCAUAGCCUGCGUGAUAUGUGUGGCACUAGAGGCUCGCUAUAGAGAAAAUGUCACAGUUGCUUUGGCUAGAACCUAUUUCACGUUUCUCCAAGGAACGUUGUUCUACCAGAUCGGAUUCAUCUUGUAUCCCCCUGGUGGUAUGGCUCAUUGGGACCAAGAGAACCACGACCAAAUGAUGAUAAUCACCAUGAUCUUCAGCUGGCACUGUGCAAUUGUGGCUGUGAUUAUGUUCUUCUUCGUACUCAUUGUUGGCAAAAUGGUCAAGAGGGGAUCCACUGGAAACGAUUUCGUCCGCAAUGACAUUCAAUAUCAAAAGGUUGGCGCGAAUGGCUUGAACAGUGGUGAAAGUUCUCGACCGAUUAUUUCGAAUAGUUCAACUAUGAGACAGACCUUCGACGAGACCAGCGAGGACGAAGUUUAAUGAUUGAUUAAUCAAUAUCUGUUAACGCUAAACUAGCUACAACUAGCUAUUUCGUACACUGUCCAACUCUUUCGAUUCUUACAACGGCGAUCAAUAAAUUGUUCAAGUGCA